AUGAUCUUCUAUAUACCGCGAUGGUGGUCUCUGUUGUGCGUGUGCUCUUCCGUGGUAAGCUUCGCGAUGUCAACCGUUUCAAUAGCUCAGCAAUUCCUCAAUUACCGAAAACCACUUGAACAGAGGUUAGUGGUGCGAAUACAGCUGAUGGUGCCGCUUUUUAGCGCGACUUGUCUGCUAGCAUGCAUUGUACCGCAAACGGCACAGGUUUGGAUAGACCCCAUGCGCGAAAUAUACGAAUCAUUUGUCAUUUACACCUUCUUCUCGCUGCUGACACUGAUACUGGGAGGAGAACGCAAAAUUAUCACACAGCUUUCCAUGGGCAAGCCUCCUAUGCGACACCCGAUUAUUGGACUAGGUCGUGUUUUGCCCAUGAUAGAUAUGUCAGAUCCUAGCGACUUUUUGAGUGUCAAACGCGGAAUCUUGCAGUAUGUCUGGUUCAAACCACUUUACUGUAUAGGAACUGUGCUUUGCAUGCAGAAAAAUUGGUACCCUGAAUUUUGGAUGCCCUUCUGGACAAUUUCUUACAACAUAUCUGCAAGCUUGUCACUGUACAAUCUGGCCCUAUUUUGGAAAUGUCUUUACGACGAACUUCAAAAAUACAACCCGUGGUCCAAGUUUCUGUGUGUCAAACUAAUAAUCUUUGCCUCUUACUGGCAAGGUAUUUUGAUUGCUCUUUUGAGCAGGUAUGGCUUUAUAACGAACCGCCCAGACAACGUUGACUACGGAUACGUGUAUCAAAAUGCUGUUUUGUGCGUCGAAAUGAUAGGCUUCGCUUUUGGACAUCUAAUUGCUUUCAACUGGAGCCCUUACAGCUCGAAAAGUAUACCAGAAGGAGCAAGAAUGCGCACGCUUUAUGCGUUAAGAGAUUGCUUUGGGUUUGGCGAUCUGAAAUGGGAUUUCAAGAUAACUUUUCUGGGGAAUCUGUACAAUUAUCGUCAUUUUAACUCUGCUGAAGCCGUGGUUGCUCACAGAGACUCUAGGUCGCGAUUGGGGCGUUUGCAAGCUGGCUUCAGAUACUCCGACGGUGGUCGUGGCAAUUACUGGGUAAAUAGCGGCGAGCCGUCGUCUCCAUCGCGCUCCACCAUUUACGGCAGUACUGAAGACGUCGAGUCUUGGGUGGAUUUGUCUCGAGACGGUUUCACGCCUGAAGAUCAAAAUUAUCCAGUUGUUUGGGACAUAGAUUCUUACAAAUACAGCAGAGACAUGGAGGCUCUGCGACAACACGUCAGGCAAUCGUAUGUGCCAUGA